AUGAAUAGAAAUCGUUACCAGCAUGUCGGCAAUAUCUACCUCAACAGCGAGUCUUCUGCGAAGAAUGUCGGCUACCCAAGUCAUAGCGUUACACAGUCGCUCAACCUUUUGACAGAUGUUAUUGCGAACGUCUUUUUCGGACUUCAGAUUCAUCUUCGUGAUUUCUUCCGACUGUCCAAGACGCCACCCCUCUGCGAAGUCAUCUAG